CAUAAAAAUGCUUUUUACAUUAAAGUUUCAUAAGCUUUAUAUUUUAAUUUGUUAAAAUAAUUGUAAAACUUGAAGUUUCUGUUGAAUGUGUUGAAACGGUUGGAUUUAUUAGUGUUAGUAUUUCGAUUUUUCAAUCAUUAAACAACUUUUGUCAGUCUCUCUUAAGUCACUUCCAAGGCAUUUGCUGCAAAGCGUGUUUUGAAAUAAAAAAAUAAUAAAAGUGUUGCAAAAAAGUUUUUGAGCAGUUUAUUAACAACAACGUUUCAAUUAAUAAAGAAAAGUGACAGAAUCAAGAUUCUUUUGUUUUUUAAAACUCUGCUUAAAUAAUCAAAAUUAUAGAAAGAGAAAGAAUCAAAAGGUCUUCGAUCUAGGCUUUCUAAUAAUAAUAUUGCAAAGAAUAAAAAAAAUGAAUUAAAACUCAUAAAAAUAUAAACUUUUGAAUGAAUGAACAAAGGUAAACAGUUUUGAACGGUUGAAAAAUAAACUGGAGACGAGUUUUAAUAUCAAAAAAAAGUUGGUUGUUCAAAAGAACACGGAACCAAUAGUCCUUGACAAUUAGAUAUGGCAUCCUGCAAUAAAUGUAGCUUAAAAGAAAAAGAAGAAGUAUACACAGCAGCUCGUGAUGGAAAUCUGUUAUAUUUGAAGCGUUACAUUGGAAACCUAGGACAAUCUGAAGUUAAUUACUUAGUAUCAUCCAAAACUGGCGGCUGUACACCAUUGCUUAUCGCAUGUCGAAAUGGUCAUUAUGACGUUGUUCAAUAUUUACUCAAACGUUGCCAUGCUGACGUUGAGCAAUGCGGUUCCGUGAUUUUUGAUGGAGAAACUAUUGAAAAUGCUCCAGCUCUUUGGUGUGCUGCUGCUGCUGGUCAUAUGAAUAUUGUAAAGUUACUAGUCAGACAUGGUGCUAAUGUAAAUUCUACAACCAAAACGAAUUCAACGCCAUUACGAGCGGCUUUUUUUGAUGGACAUUACGAAAUUGUCAAAUAUCUUGUGAUUCAUGGUGCAGAUAUCGAAGUGGCGAACCGUCAUGGCCAUACAUGUCUCAUGAUAGCUUGUUACAAAGGUCAUUAUAAAAUAGCACAAUAUCUUCUAUCACUUAAAGCACAAGUUAAUCGAAGGAGUGUUAAGGGCAAUACUGCGCUUCAUGAUUGCGCUGAGUCUGGUUCACUUGAAAUAUUGCAACUCUUGUUAGAAAAUGGAGCGACAAUGGACGUAGAUUCCUAUGGAAUGACGCCACUUCUUGCUGCAAGUGUCACUGGUCAUAUGGCCAUUGUAGAACAUCUUAUUGGAUUACCUUUUGUCAAGCGUGAAGAGAAGAUUGGAGCUUUAGAACUUUUAGGAGCAACUUAUGUUGAUAAGAAACGUGACAUGGUGAAUGCGUUACAAUUCUGGAAGCGCGCAAUGUAUGAAAGAUAUAACAAGCAACCAAUGAUUCAUAAAUCACAACGCGAACCUGUCUCAGCGUACGAUUAUUCAGUUGAAGUUAAUGACCCAAACGCUUUAGAUGAACUUGUCAUGGAUCCUGAUGAAAUGCGUAUGCAAGCUUUAUUAAUAAGAGAAAGAAUUCUUGGACCUGUACAUCCAGAUACAAGUUAUUAUAUCCGAUUUCGAGGUGCUGUGUAUGCUGAUUCAGGUCGAUUUGAUCGAUGCAUUGAACUUUGGACUUAUGCACUAAGCAUGCAACAAAGAAUACUCGAACCGUUGAAUCCAAUGACACAAUCGUCGCUUUUGUCAUUUGCUGAAUUAUUUAGCUUUAUGCUUGGUGAAGCAGGACGUCCAAUAACUAGAGGGCGAGUGGUUCCACCUAUUGAGGCCCAAGAUAUGUUAUUGGUCUUUGAGAGAGCUGUUAUGGAAGUAUCUCUAGGACAAAAAAUGAUCACAGAAACUUCAUUUGAUCACGAAAAAGAUUUGGCAGGCUUGAAUCGUGCACUUGUCAUUGCCCUCCACCUUGCUUGUCUUCUCUCGCGUCUGAUAUUCUCUGAGAAUUGUCCCGACGACAUGAAACAGAAAAUACUGUUAGUGAUCUAUGAUGUAGUUAAAUUAAAGGUUGCAGUAAAAUCAGGAAGAACAGCCCUUCAUCUGGCAUGUAAUCGUGAGGCUGCUCUAGUUGGAAGAUAUCCAGUCUGCCAGUUUCCUGUGCCGCAAUUGAUUAAAGCAUUAUUGAUAGUUGGGGCAGAUCCAAAUGCUCUCGAUGACGAUGGAAAUGCACCACUUCAUUUAGCUGCACUCGCUAGACCCUGCCCCCCAGUAAUUGCUCAGACUUUGUUGAAAUACGGUGCACAUUUAGAUACAAAGAAUAAUCAAGGAGAUACUUUUGAAUCAUUACUUCAAGAUCAGAAGCUACACGAACUUGUUAAUCCUAUUCACUUUACACGACUGACAUGCUUAGCAGCUGUAGUGUUGAAAAGGCAUGGAAUACCUUAUCAAAAUGAAGUUCCUGUAGCAUUAAAUAAAUUUAUUGACCAACAUUAAUAUAAUCAUUAGGACUUCAUAUACCUUUAUAAAUUUAUACAUAUACCUAUAUAUCAAAAUUUAUUUAAAAUACAAGAAGCCAUCAUCAGAAACUUCUUAAGACUUCAUUUACAUGCUUGAUAUUAUCAAUAUUUUGAAGCUGUUGAGCUGAAACAUCAAAGAAAUAUAGAGCUUCAUGCUUUUCUAGAUGAAAGCUAUCGUCAAUAACUUGAGUCAAACCCUAAAACGGAAAGCUUUAUACAUUUUGUUAAACAAUAAUAUAAGAUCUUCACAAAAAAAUAUUUAAACAAAGAAAAUUGUGUGUUCACAAAAUUUUGAAGAAAAAGAAGCAAUGCAAAAUUAAUGCUCAUUGAAAAUAUGUUGCUCAUGUUGUGACAGAAUAGAUGUUACUUGUUUAAAGUUUAAAUGGAAAUAUUAAGCACCCUGUCGUCACAACCAUUUUUUUAAUGCUCAGAAUUGUUUGAUGGAAUAUUUUAGAACGUUCACAUACAUAGAUAAUUAUCAAGAUUAACAUUAAUCUUGUGUGAUAAAAGAAUUUGUCAAAGAAAUGAAAACAGUUCUUAAGAUUUUAAAUAUAUAGACAUUUCUAGAAUUUCAAAAGUAAAUAAACAAUGACGUCUAAUAGAAAAAAAAACAUGUUAGAAUAUUUCCUUGAAGCGAAUAAAUAUUUUUAUAAUUUUGAAAAAGACA